CUCACACCCCCCGCUACCGCCGCCGCCACCGCUAACUUUACCUCUUCGCGAAGAGCUGCCCUCCGGCAGCCAGAGGGUCUGCGAAGCCCCGGCGGUCCGGAGCCGCCUCCCCUCCCCGCGAUGAAGGGCCGCCGGCGGUGGCGGUGGCGGGGCGAGCAUCGCCGCUUCGCCGCCGUGCUGGUGCUGUACACGCUGCUGCUGCUCCUGCUGGUGCCCUACGCGCUGGACUACGGCGCCCGGCGGGGGCGGGAGGACGAGGAGCCGCUGCUGCGGCGCUGCCCCAGCCUGGAGGAGGCGCUGAGCGAGUGGGGCUGGGAACAGCGACAGCCGUCGCUGGACGACGAGGAGGAGGAGGAUGAGGCGGGCGGCGGCGGCACGGCCGGGGCAGCGGGUAACGGCAGCGCGGCGGCGGGGAAGCGACACAUCUACCUGCAUGCCACCUGGCGCACGGGCUCCUCCUUCCUGGGGGAGCUCUUCAACCAGCACCCCGACGUCUUCUACCUCUACGAGCCCAUGUGGCACCUGUGGCAGGCGCUCUACCCGGGGGACGCGCUGAGCCUGCAGGGCGCCCUGCGCGACAUGCUGCGCGCCCUCUUCCGAUGCGACUUCUCCGUCCUGCGCCUCUACGCCGCCCCGCCCGGCCCCCGCGACCCGCUGGCCCCCGCCCCGCCCGCCGCCGUCAACCUCACCACGGCCAGCAUCUUCGGCUGGCGGACCAACAAGGUGAUUUGCUCGGCGCCGCUCUGCCCCGACGCCCCGCGGCCCCGCGGGGAGAUCGGCCUCGUCGACGGCGCCGCCUGCGAGGAGACGUGCCCGCCGCGGGCGCUGCGGGAGCUGGAGGCCGAGUGCCGCAAGUACCCGGUGGUGGUGAUCAAGGACGUGCGGUUGCUGGAGCUGGGCGCCCUGCUGCCGCUGCUGCGGGAGCCCGGCCUCAACCUGCGGGUGGUCCAGCUCUUCCGCGACCCCCGCGCCGUCCAUAACUCCCGCCUGAAGGCCAGGCAGGCGCUGCUGCGGGAGAGCAUCCAGGUGCUGCGCAGCCGCCACCGCGCCGAGCUGCGGGGGCCGCCACGCCACCAGCAGCAGCAGCUCCUCUUGCCGCCCGGCUUGCUGGGGGGCGGGCGGGCGCCGCAGCCCCAGCACCGCGCCGAGUUCUUCCUCGGCGGCGCCCUGGAGGUGAUCUGCCAGGCCUGGCUCCGCGACCUGCUGCUGGCCCGCCGCGCCCCGGCCUGGCUCCGCCGCCGCUACACGCAGCUGCGCUACGAGGACUUGGUGCGGGAGCCCCGCGCCGAGCUCCGCCGCCUGCUGCGCUUCGCCGGCCUGCCGGUGCCGCCCGCCCUGGAGACCUUCGUGCUCAACAUGACCCGCGGCGCCGCCUACUCCUCCGACCGGCCCUUCCUCAUCUCCGCCCGCGACGCGCGGGAGGCCAUCCACGCGUGGCGGGAGCGCCUCAGCCGCCAGCAGGUGCGGCAGGUGGAGGCCGCCUGUGGCGAGGCCAUGAGCCUCCUCGCCUACCCCCUCAGCGGCGGCGACGACCGGUAGCCGAGCCCGCCGCCGGGUGAUGGCCGGGCCGGGCCGGCGGAGCGAGGCCGGGCGGAGAGGGCGCCUCGGGCGGGCCCCGGGGCGUGCGGUGGGGUCCGGCUCUGCCAUGGCAUGGCGUGGCAUGGCAGCAGCCCUGGCAGAAGCAAAGAGACCCGCCUUGCCUCAGGUACAGGGUCUGGACCCCCAUUCCCACCGCUGGCUUCGGUGGGGCUGGGUUUCCUCUGGGGACUGUGGCCGCGCUGCGCCAGGGUGAGUGGACAGGGCACAGCGGAUAUUUUAUUUAAGAUAAAGGUUUGGUAAGAGAUGUCCUGUGAGCACAGCGUCAAUCGCAGAGCCUUUUCAACAUGAAACUGACCAUGCGUGAUGCAUGGGUGUUCUUCAAAAAGACGUCAUCAAAACUUAAAAAUCCCCCAAGUGAAGACUCGGCAAGGAACCAGAGGGCUUGGAAGGUGUUGCUGUGAGAGCAUUGCCGUUCCUGAGUGCCAAAGCAUGCUCAGCUCUGUCGUGUCACUACUGAAACACAUAUAAGGGGCUUCUGUGAAGUUGGCUGCAGAGGAUGGUGGAGACCUGGAUGGGCAGGACACCUGCCAUAGGGAGGACACAGCUUUCCUGCUCCCAGCCGGCUGGCUCUGUGGGGAUGGUCUCUGUCCCUGAGGGCUGCUGAUGCUCUGGGGGGGCUCACCAGCUGAGGGAAGGGGAAUCGCAUCCAACUCUGUCUGUCAUCUGGAGCAGUGGGGUGAGCGGUCACGCGGAGGAGGUCGGCAUUUGACUGCUUACAUCUUUCAGAGAUGUUUGUGGCAGGUCUUCACUUUUCUAAUCAAAUCUGUAUUUCUUUAUAAAGUAGAAUUUUCUAAUAUAUUUAUAUAGUUAGGUGGUGAUACUCAUGUGAAAUACAGGUGACUAACAUGUUGCUUGGGGACGCGUGUGGGGUGACUGUAACUGGAAGGCGAACGCUUGAAAUUUCCAUUUUGUUUUCUCAGCCAGAUGAGAGAAUCACUUUUCUUCCCUUGCUUCUGGGCUGACACAUUGUGCCGUGCACAGGGUCCUCCUGGUCACAUCCCUUCCAAACAAUAACAUCCUCUCAGCUGGCAGCUCCUGAACAAAAGCAAAUGUUUCCUAAUGAGGCUAAGACAAAUUAAUCAUGGAGUUUCCAAAUAAAAGCUUCCUUAAAAAAAAAAAAAAAAGAACAAGAAAAACCUAAGUUUCAUUUUGCAUUUUAAAACUACAUUUUCCUGUAGGCAUCCUGCAAUUUGUAUGAGAAGGGUAUGAAUGUCUGUGUGUAUGUGUGAGUACCUUUUAUUCUUUACUUCUUAAUUUGGGGAUAGAAGGUUCCGUUGUAAUUUAGGGAUGUGUUAUUGUAACCUCUUAGAGAGUGCUUUUGAGUCCAUGACAGUCUGGCAGCAUUUAAAAAGCCCCACAUGAGGUCAUACGGAUGGUUACAUGCAGUCUUCAGAUACAAAAUGAGAAUGUGAACUUCAAAUUGAGGAUAAUCCAGGAUCAGGAAGAAAGCAGUAUUUAUAUAAAGUGCUGGAAAUAAAGACGGUUCAAAGACCUGAUCUUGGAGGAAACGUUUGAAUUGCAUUGUAGGUUUUUGCCCUUCAAAUAUUGUGCUGUAAAAUGUGCCAGUGAGUUAGCAUGAACUUUCAUUUAUUUUAGCUCUUGUCCUUCCUUGACUCUCCCACCUGAGAGAACACUGGCACAAGAAGCAGGUUUCUUUCAUUAUCUGACAGGGAAGUAUAGUCAUUAAAAUGUUUUUUAGUAUCCAUUUCACGGUAGCAUGCUUCAUACAAUUCUGCAUCCUUUCAUGUCUGCUUGAAGUAAAAAUUACAGAGACAAGGGUUUUUUUUUUUCUGGAACAACCUUUCAUGUUAUCGAGGGGAUGUUUCUGUGUUCUCUCAAAGGCACUGUGAAACCAAAAUUUGUCUCUGGGUGUUCUAGUAGUAUUUAAUAAUGGUAUUUGAAAAGAUGGACUGUACCUGUAUUAAUGCCGUGAUAACCUAUGUCAGGUAACAUAACUUGGAAAACUUUUCUGGGAGUAUAUCCAGCCUGGCUUUUACUGACAGGUUUGGGAAGAAAGUAAGAUUUUUUUGCAUUCCAAAUGACAAUACGGUACUUAUUUUCUUAUGGGAGAUUAAAAGCCAUUAUAUCUUGUUGAUUUGUUUUUAGCAAGUUGCAGUCACAGAUUUGUACAGUGCAACUGUUCAGCAUUUGCUUCACCUUGACAGGGAAUCUCAUCUUGCUGUUUCAGCUGGAAAUGUCUUUCAUAAGAAGUUUUUAGAAACACACGUGUAGUUUCACUUACACUGGUUCAUCAUGAUGAGGAAAUAAACGUUCCCAUGUAGCUUAAUUUGAUGCUUAUAGCUGGGAAGAAAUCCACUAACUGCAAAUUGUUUAGUACUUUCUGAAGCAGUUUUCAUGUUUGACAUAGAUACAUCUUCUGUAUCAGGACUUCUCUCAAUGGAAGUUGUUCACUAACACAAUUGCUUUUUAUUAGUGACUAAUGCAAUUUUUUUCUCACCCCAAUCUGUUCUUGUAGGUGUUUUUGUAUACUGUGACAAGGGGUCUGGUGGGCAAAGUGUACAAAAUAUGUCAAGUGCAAUUCCUGGCUUGCAUUCAAGGCGCCUGAGUUCAUUAGAAGACUCUUUAAAUCAAUCCAUAGGGAAUAUCCAAAGCUGAAAAAGGGGUAAGUAGCCCAGAGUGGGAUCUUAGACCAAGAUGUGCAAGAACAUCUAAGACUGGAUGGUGGUUGCCUAAUGACUGAUGUUGUGACGUGUGUGCUUUGGUCACUAGAAGGCUUUCUGAAAUUCCCCCGCCUAAGGAGGACAGCCAAGGCUCACCAGCAAACACAUCUCAUUUUUCUUUUCAGGGUGUUUUAGUGGUGUCACAAAGGUGUCACUCAGGAUGCUUACAGUAUAUCCUUGUUUGCCUUGUAACCCAUACCUUGAAGAAAAAAAAAAUAUAACCCUUUUACUGUCAAAUGUCAGUGUUGGUCCUUACCUGAAAAGAUGGAAACAGGUCUGAUUAGGACAACCAACACCGAGUUCUGCUGGCAGAGGUCUCUGGGAGUGAGGAGAACCUGCUGAAAGCAGGACACCUGUGGUUAAACUGCACUUUGAGAACAGAUGGACAUUUAUGGCUCAGUCAUCAGCUUUUUUACAGUUAAUGGGCUCAGUUGAAAUUUGGAACUCAAGUCCCAUUUCUACUGAAUGAUGCAGAAAACCGAACCGUAACAGCAUCUUUUGGAGCAGAGGAUGGCAUGAUAAGCAGGGGAACAAUAAACAUAUUUUAUAGCCAAGCCAAACUUGGCAGGCCUAGAAUCUGGGAGCAGGACUCAGCCACAGGGUUUUAGUAGUUCAGAGUGAGAUUUGGGAAAAAUACCUACUUGUGCUACAUUACAUGUAAUGAUCUAACAACUUUAAUAUAUUAAGAAGUCGUCAUGGGAAAUGGGAACAAAGCUGACAUGCUCACAAGGCUUAUUUCUAUCAUCUGUUUUUACUUAACAUUUGAUCAUCCUGUGUUUGCCUUAAGGGAGGCAGAAACUUAAGUGAUAUAAUUAUAUGUAAAAGGCUGUGAUAUUUCCACGCCGGAAUUGUUAAUUGCUCUCUUACAGCAUUAUAUCUGUAUUUAAAUUAUUGCUUUUGGUGAGACAACUGUAGCAACAUACUUGUGAGAAAUGCUUGAAGUUCAAGGCCAAGAAAUGCUUAACCCCUGUGUUACUUGCCCUCCCUAGAACAUUACUGGUGAAGUCCUCAUAGGUACCUAUGGAAUGUACUCACAUAUUUCAAACGCUAUGGAAAUAGUUCAGUAGCUCUCCCAGCUGAAGUAUCCUCUGAGAAACAUUAAACAGUCAUGAAGUUACUUAUUUAACAACUUCAGUGUUGCACGGGUUGUCUUGGUUCCCCCCUACCCCACCCCAUCGGGCUGGGCAUCAAGAAAAAUUCUGAGUUUCUACUUUAAGUUCUCAGUAUCACCACUUUCAGUAAGCAUGAUGAUUUAAAAAACAAUGCAGAACUUCAGUGUUAAUUAUGGUAAUGCAAUUAAACAAUAUUUCAGCGGAGAACUGAACUCCUGAAAGACUGAGCGCCAAGAACCUUGACAGCACGUUCUGUUCCUCUCUUGAACAUGAAGAGUUGCCGCUGAGGGUGUCUGGUGGUACCUGGAGUACAGGGACAGUGUGAAUGGUGUGUGUCAUUUCUCAGAAUUGCCCUGUGAUCCAUGCAGCGCUGGGACUACCUUAUAUGUUAUGUUGCCAUUAGUUUCUAACUCGACAUGACACUGACCACUGUAGAGAAGGAUAUGGGAAAAAUACACUUGCCAAAGCAACUCCAGCGCCUCACUGGCUCUGUGUGCGUGUGUGUGUGUGUGUGUGUGAGCGAGGGGCUGGGUUGUCCUUUUCUUGAUUGUGAUUUAAAGGGGUUAGUGGUAAAUCCAAACUUCUUAAGGUGGUGGUUUUCAAUGACAGAGGGACUUGUUGAUGUUGCUGGGGUGUACCUUGGGCAAUCUCGGUGCCACGCAAGUGGCUGGAAGCUGACUGAUGUUUUAGCACUUCUGGCAUGUCUGGGUGUUGAGUCCCAGGGAAUUCCUGCUCCCAGCACUGAGGCAUUAAGUUGUGCUGCUGACCUACGGCACCUGCAGCACCACUGCUUGGUCCUGGUAAAUGAGAAUCGGGUCUUCCCCUGGCACUUCCGAAUUUGUGACCCUGUUUCCAGUUGUCCAGCUUUGCCAAACAGUUGUACAUAGGCUGAAACUUUUCAUCUGGGGCUUAAAGUUCAAGUCUCUUUGGAGAACUUCAGUCAACACAGUGUGUGCUCUUUUGAACCCAGGGUUAGGAUGUAGUGGUCUUUUGCCUAUGUUCAAAUGCUCUCAAAGAUGUUUCUUUGAAAUUGUUUGUCACUUCAGUGUUUUGGGACAGGAGCUGCAGUUUGGGUAGGGGAAAUGACCUCUGUGCAGACAAUGCCCCCUGGGUUUUUUUUCACCUCUGCCUUCUAUAAUGAUUUGGCCAAAUAUAUUAAUGUUUGUAAAAAAAAAAAAAAGGAAAAACACAGAUAGCAUGCGCUCAGUAAAAGUGGUUUUGGUAUGUGUGUGUGUGUCUUUAUUUUAUACCAAAUAAAAUCUGCAUUGGUUUUAUCUUCA